AUGGGCACGGCUUGCUGCUCUGAAGCCAAGCAGGGGCAGAAGGAGCAGCUUGCUGGGUCCCAGCCGGUUCAAGCCGGGGCUCCCGCCUCCCAGCAAAAGGCGAAAAGCUCCGCGCAGCCUGGAGCGCCGGCUGCACAAGCAGAUGGAGAUGGCUACAACUAUAAGGUCUUCCCCGAUGGCUCCAGAUACGAAGGUCAGUGGAAGGAUGGCUUGAAGCAUGGGAAGGGCCGCUUCAUCUACCCCGACGGCGACGUCUACGAUGGAGAGUGGCAGGAUGGCAAAGCACAUGGCUGCAUGCUCAGCUGUUGGGAGUGGACUACAGGUGGCGUGUGCAUUGACUAUAAGGCGUUGUAUGAGGCAGAGAGGCGCCACAGCGGUGCUUUGCAAAUUGCACUACGCAAUGGGUGGGGCACCAACUACGGUCCCCCCCAAACUGACGAUCCAUCUCAGUUGAAGGCUUUCGUUACGAAUUCAAAGAACGUGCUCGCAGAUGUGGAAAGGAGGCUGGCCUUCAUGAAGGCUCAAGAACUUGAGCGUUCGGUCAUCUUCUGCUUCUAUGAGGAUGGGUGGAGUGCUGGUCGGAUGUUCGGAACGGCAGUCGUCUAUCCGGAACCUGGUGACACGAUCCUUCGAGUGAAGGAGCGCAUCUGUAGCAUCUUGUCUCUUCAGGGGCUCUGGCCAAUGCCCGGUUAUGACCACGACGUGUGCUUUUGUGUCGCCGGGUGUCCCGAGAUGGGCGCGGCUUCGCCGGAGGUGCCGCAGCCACGGGACGAUCAGGAAGCCUCGACGUUGCCCCAGCUCUGUGCAGCAUACGUGCACCGUUGUUAA